AAAUUCACUGACAGGGAUGUGCUUGUAAAUAUUUCAUGAAGCAGCUUAUCCAUGCUUUCCUUAAACUGACCCUUUUAAAAUGUGCAUUUUUCCUUUAUUUCCUUAAGGUAGAGUGUAUCUAUAACUUUGAAAACAAAGAGUUAUUAUACUCACCUGGUUUUAUGAUGCUGUAUUAUUUUUUUCUCUUGCAGGUGAAAAUGAGCUCUUCAGUAAGAAGAAAAGGCAAACCCGGCAAGGGAAGUGGAAAAGGGUCUUCUAGAGGAGGAAGAGGAGGCAGGAGUCACAGUAGUAAAUCUCACGGGGGCGGCAGCGGUGGUGGCGGCAGCGGUGGCAAUAGAAAGGCCUCAAGUAGAAUUUGGGAUGAUGGUGAUGACUUUUGUAUCUUCAGUGAAUCCAGGCACUCAGCCAGACCUAGCAGCAGUAGUGUAAGGAAAGGAGAGGCACGCCCCAAAUGGAAGCCCAAAGCCAAGGUGCCCUUACAGACUCUGCAAAUGACCUCUGAGAAUCAAGAGAAAGUGAAAGCUCUUCUCCGAGACCUGCAAGAACAAGAUGCAGAUGCUGGAUCUGAAAGAAGCGUUUCGGGGGAAGAGGAAGAGGAUGAGCCUGACUGUGAUGAAGCGCAGUGCUGGUUGGCUGGCCAAGAAGCUUCCUUCGUUCCCGACUCUGAUCCUUCGGAAUAUGCUGGCUCGGGCCUAGUGGAGGCUCAUAAUCCAGAAUUUACCGUCUCAACGUUUGCAGUGCAGAAACUUUCCAGGUAUGGUUUCAACACUGAACAUUGUCAAGCAGCUCUGAGGAUUUGUGAUGGAGAUGUGGGGGCAUCCCUAGAACAUCUGCUCACCCAGUGUUUCUCUGACACAUUUGGAGAGAGGAUGAAGACCCCUGAGGCAGUUGCCCAUAUAAGCAUGAAAGAGUGUAUGGAGCAGCGACAGGAAGAGGCAUUUGCUCUCAAGUCAAUCUGUGGAGAAAAAUUCAUAGAAAGAAUUCAGAACAGAGUCUGGACCAUUGGAUUAGAACUGGAGUAUUUGACAAGUAAAUUCUGCAAAUCCAAGCAAAAGGAAAGUACCAAAAGUAUACAGGAGACUUCACUUGAAAUCUGUAAAUUUUACCUCAAAGGAAAUUGUAAAUUUGGGUCAAAAUGCAAAUUCAAACAUGAAGUGCCCCCCAAUCAAAUUGUUGGAAGAGUAGAAAGAAGUGUAGAUGAUUCUCAUCUUAAUGCUAAUGAAGAGGCAUCUUUUUUAUAUGAACUUGAAAUUCGAUUUUCUAAAGACCACAAGUACCCCUACGAAGCUCCCCUUGUGGCGUUUUAUUCCACCAAUGAGAAUUUACCUCUGGCUUGUCGUUUACAUAUUUCUGAGUUCCUUUAUGGCAAGGCCUUGACAUCGGCAGAAACGUCAGAACCUGUUGUAUAUUCUUUGAUUACGCUUUUAGAGGAAGAAUCGACAAUAGUCAAUUUACUAACAAAUACCCAUCACAAGUACAGUGUCCCUCCAGUGAACUUUCUGCCAAUGUCCUCUGGAACCAGAAUAAAUAAUCCUGUCUGUCGUAAACUAGUGAUUCCAAAUAAUUCUUUUGUUUCAAGUCAAAUUCCAGAAGUUGAAAAAGAAUCAGAGCCUGAGGAGGAGACAGAUGAGGAUGAAGGUCCUGCACCAGUUGUAGUGGAGAAUGAAAGCUAUGUGAACCUUAAGAAAAAGAUUUCCAAAAGAUAUGACUGGCAGGCAAAAUCAGUACAUGCUGAAAAUGCUAAAAUCUGCAAGCAGUUCCGAAUAAAACAGGCUUCCAGGCAGUUCCAGUCAAUUCUGCAAGAAAGACAAUCACUCCCUGCUUGGGAAGAAAGAGAAACCAUUCUUAAAUUGUUGAGCAGGCACCAAGUACUUGUUAUAAGUGGUAUGACUGGAUGUGGGAAGACCACACAGAUUCCACAGUUUAUACUGGAUGAUUCCCUGAGUGGACCACCGGAGAAGGUGGCUAACAUCAUCUGUACGCAGCCCCGACGGAUCUCUGCAAUCUCCGUCGCCGAACGUGUUGCUAAGGAGAGAGCGGAGAGGGUGGGUCUGACUGUGGGGUACCAGAUCCGCUUGGAGAGUGUCAAGUCCUCAGCCACCAGACUGUUAUACUGCACCACAGGAGUGCUGCUGAGAAGGCUAGAAGGAGAUACAGCUCUACAGGGAGUCACCCAUAUCAUUGUUGAUGAAGUUCACGAGAGGACAGAAGAAAGUGACUUCCUGCUGCUAGUUUUAAAGGACAUUGUGAUGCAGAGACCAACUCUCCAAGUUAUUCUGAUGAGUGCAACUUUAAAUGCUGAGCUAUUUUCAGAGUAUUUCAACUCCUGCCCAGUUAUUACUAUACCAGGUCGUACAUUUCCUGUUGAUCAGUUUUUUCUGGAAGAUGCAAUUGCUGUGACAAGGUACGUGUUACAGGAUGGAAGCCCGUAUAUGCGCUCCAUGAAACAGAUGUCAAAGGAGAAGCUUAAAGCAAGGCGCAACAGAACUGCAUUUGAAGAAGUAGAGGAAGACCUUAGGCUGUCCCUUCACCUCCAGGAUCAGGAUUCUGUCAAAGACGCAGUGCCGGAUCAACAGUUAGAUUUCAAGCAGCUCCUGGCCCGCUAUAAAGGGGUUAGCAAAUCAGUCAUCAAAACGAUGUCCGUCAUGGAUUUUGAAAAGGUCAACCUUGAAUUAAUAGAGGCCUUGUUAGAAUGGAUUGUGGAUGGAAAGCACCCCUACCCCCCAGGUGCUAUACUUGUAUUUUUACCGGGAUUGGCAGAAAUCAAAAUGCUUUAUGAACAACUACAGUCUAAUUCUCUUUUCAACAACAGACGUAGUAAUCGGUGUGUUGUUCACCCACUGCAUUCGUCUUUAUCCAGUGAAGAGCAGCAGGCUGUGUUCAUAAAACCUCCUGUGGGUGUAACUAAGAUAAUAAUUUCCACUAACAUUGCUGAGACAUCCAUAACCAUCGAUGAUGUUGUCUAUGUCAUCGAUUCUGGGAAAAUGAAAGAAAAGAGAUAUGAUGCCAGCAAGGGGAUGGAAAGUCUAGAGGAUACUUUUGUCUCUCAAGCCAAUGCUCUGCAAAGAAAAGGUCGGGCAGGUCGUGUUGCAUCUGGGGUCUGCUUCCAUUUAUUCACCAGCCAUCACUUCAAUCACCAGCUUUUAAAGCAGCAGCUUCCAGAAAUACAAAGAGUGCCAUUGGAACAGCUCUGUCUAAGAAUUAAAAUUUUAGAGAUGUUUAGCACUCAUACCCUCCAGUCCGUGUUCUCUCGGCUCAUCGAACCGCCGCACCCUGAUUCUCUUCGUGCCUCAAAAAUACGAUUACGAGACUUGGGAGCAUUAACUCCGGAUGAAAAACUGACGCCCCUCGGGUAUCACUUGGCCUCUCUGCCUGUGGAUGUGAGAAUCGGGAAACUGAUGCUGUUUGGGUCUAUCUUCCGCUGCUUGGAUCCUGCUCUCACCAUUGCUGCCAGCUUGGCUUUUAAGUCUCCUUUUGUAUCCCCCUGGGAUAAAAAAGAGGACGCUAACCAGAAGAAGUUAGAAUUUGCAUUUGCAAACAGUGAUUAUCUGGCCCUUCUACGAGCAUACAAGGGAUGGCAGCUAAGUAUGAAAGAAGGUAUGCGUACAAGUUACAAUUACUGCAGACAAAACUUCUUGUCAGGAAGAGUUCUUCAGGAAAUGGCCAGCCUGAAACGACAAUUCACUGAACUGUUAUCAGAUAUAGGCUUUGUGAAGGAGGGACUCAGAGCCAGGGAGAUAGAGAAAAGGGCCCUUGGAGGAGACGGUAUCCUGGAAGCCGCUGGAGAAGAGGCAAAUUCAAAUGCUGAGAACCACAAGCUGAUAUCAGCGAUGCUGUGUGCUGCUCUGUAUCCAAAUGUAGUGCAGGUGAAAAGCCCAGAAGGUAAAUUUCAGAAGACCAGUACUGGAGCUGUCAGAAUGCAGCCAAAAUCAGAUGAGCUGAAGUUUGUCACCAAGAACGAUGGAUACGUACACAUUCACCCUUCAUCAGUGAACUAUCAGGUCAGGCACUUUGACAGCCCCUACCUGCUGUACCAUGAGAAGAUCAAAACCAGCCGGGUGUUCAUCCGAGACUGCAGCAUGGUGUCUGUGUACCCACUGGUCUUGUUCGGAGGCGGCCAGGUGAAUGUGCAGCUUCAAAAGGGAGAGUUCAUCGUCUCCCUGGACGACGGCUGGAUUCGUUUUGCAGCUGCCUCCCAUCAGGUGGCCGAAUUAGUAAAGGAACUGCGCUGCGAACUUGACCAGCUUCUCCAGGAUAAGAUUAAAAACCCGAGCAUCGAUCUGUGUACUUGUCCUCGAGGAUCCCGGAUCAUCAGCAUGAUUGUGAAACUUGUCACCACACAGUAAAGACCAGUCUUAGGAGAGUGCUAGCUACUCACUUGCUUCUCGUUCACCUGGGAAAGAACAGCAGCACUGCUACCUCAAACGAAAGCUCUGUGCUGGGCCGGCCCUGGGGACAGAGCCCAGGGCAGGCACUGCUCAGCCAGCUGAGGCUCCCCGUACCCUUAGGGAAAUUUUCCAGACUAAGUAUUUGUAACAAAGCAGUGGGCACUCCCAGCACAAUUUGGAGUGUCCUGGUAAGGCGGUCUAAAAAGGAACUUGCCUGUCUAUGUCCCUGUGACUGUCCUGGAAUGAAUGAAAUGCGCCUGAUAACACAAAAGUGAAUGUUUAAUACAAUUCUGCUUUAAUCUGUGUAUUAUGUUUCUCCUGCUUUUUACUGAGGUGAGAUAGGGGCAUGAGGAGAAAUACUGAUUGUUUUUUCUGUCAUACAGGCUCAACUGAGAGAAGUCAGAACAGAGAAGAAAAAAAAAAAUCAUGUGAGCAAGAAAAAUUAAAAUUUCAUUUUAGGCUAUUGGCUACAGAGUAAACUUGAUUUAUGAGGGAUUUUUAUUUUUACUCAUUCAAGGUAAGCCUUAAAAAACAAACUUAAUGAGCCCUUAUUUGUUUUUAAAAUGCAAGCUGGCCUUAUCCAUAACAUUCUGAUUCUUAAUAGCAGAACAGUCUUUGUUCUCCUUUAGGUUUUCCACUUAGAAAUCUUUACUCUCUCUUAGCCACUCACCCGGAUCAAAUGGCCACAUUUCACAUUAGCCAAAGGGGAAUGAAUUCUCAUGGUACUGUCAGCACAGAGUUGGCCUGCUUGCGGCAGGAAAGGUUGCCAUGCUAGUGUCAGAUUUACAGCCGUAGAAAUACCUUCCAUGAGAGUGCUUAUUUUCAACCACCACGUCAGUUAAUGAGGCACUAGCAUUUUGAAAAAAUAGGAAUACAUCUACAUUUUCCCUGGACAUUUAUCAGUGUGGCCAGAAAGAAUCCCAAAGAACUGAGUGGAAAAAAUAUUCUUGCAUUUGCCUAACCCUCAGGUAGAGAGUAGGUUGCAUACUAUAGAUAGAAUUCAAACUAAUCAAGAAAAGCCACCUCAGUGAAAGGUGUUCACUUUUUUAAGAUAUUACUUUAGUUAGGUUUCCAGGAAACCUCUUAGA